GAAGUUCAAAGUAUAUAAGUGAUAUGAAUGUAACUAAAAACUCCUGGUUAUAAACUUUGGUGUUCAGUCAUGGAGCUAAUGAUCACCCCAACCCCUGCAAACUCUUCCCCUCUCACACCCCUUGGCUUCUUGGAGAGAGCUGCUUGCGUUUAUGGUGACUGUCCCUCCGUCGUAUACGACACCGUUUCGUACACGUGGUCACAGACUAACCAUCGAUGCCUCCGGCUGGCAUCUUCCAUUUCAUCCCUCGGCAUCGGGAGGGGCCACGUGGUGUCCGUCCUCGCCCCAAAUAUCCCCUCCAUGUACGAGCUCCAAUUUGCUGUCCCCAUGUCCGGAACCGUCCUCAACAACCUAAACCUUCGCCUGGACGCUCAUGCUCUCUCCGUGCUCCUGCGCCACAGCGAAUCAAGGCUCGUCUUCGUUGACCACGACUCUCAACCUCUCUUAUUAGAAGCCGUAUCUUUGUUCCCGCGAAACACCAAGCCUCCGCUUCUCGUCCUCAUCGACGACGGUGCUGCCUCUGCGGGAACACCAACGUCAGCCGUUGAUUUUCUUGACACCUACGAGGGAGUGAUGGAGGGUGGUGAUCCGAAGUUCAAGUGGGUCCGGCCUAAUAGCGAGUGGGAUCCAAUGGUUUUGAACUACACGUCGGGCACAACUUCGUCACCUAAAGGGGUGAUUCAUAGUCACCGGGGAAUUUUUAUUAUAACCGUUGACUCACUCGUUGACUGGUCAAUGCCUAAUCGACCAGUUUACUUGUGGACCCUACCGAUGUUCCACGCCAACGGAUGGAGCUUCCCGUGGGGCAUGGCGGCGAUUGGUGGAACCAACGUUUGCAUGCGUAGAGUCGACGCGCCGGCGAUGUACCGUUUGAUUGAGCGACACAGGGUGACCCACAUGUGCGGUGCGCCUGUGGUGCUCAACAUGCUAUCAAACUCCCAAAACACGCCGCAGAAACCCCUUGACCACCCUGUGCACAUCUACACAGCCGGAGCGCCACCUCCUGCCCCGAUCCUAUCACGAGUCGAGUCGCUGGGUUUCGUGGUGAGUCAUGGAUACGGGAUGACCGAGACGGCCGGUCCCGCCGUGUCUUGCGCCUGGAAACCCAAAUGGGACAAGUUGCCGUUAUCUGAGAGAGCAAGGUUAAAGGCAAGACAAGGAGUGAGGAAGCUAGGAUUCGGUGAGGUCGACGUGAUAGAUCCCAAAAGUGGAGAGAGCGUGAAGCGAGACGGGUUAAUGAUGGGCGAGGUGGUUUUGCGAGGGGCGUACGUGAUGCUAGGAUACCUAAAGAAUCCAGAAGGAAGUGCCGCGUGCAUGAGAGAAGACGGGUGGUUAUAUACCGGGGACGCGGCGGUGGUGCACCCAGAUGGGUACCUGGAGGUGAGAGAUCGGUUCAAGGACGUGAUAAUAAGUGGGGGAGAGAACAUAAGCAGCACGGAGGUGGAGUCAGUGUUGUACUCGAACCCGGUGGUGAAGGAAGUGGCGGUUGUGGCGCAGCCGAACAAGUUCUGGGGGGAGAUUCCGUGUGCGUUCGUGAGUUUGAAGAGCGGGUUGGCUCGGAAUCCGACGGAGAAGGAGAUAAGGGAGUUUUGCAAGGGAAGGCUGCCGAGAUACAUGGUGCCAAGAAGGGUGGUGUUUCAAGAAGAGUUGCCCAAGACUUCCACCGGCAAGAUUCAGAAGUUUGUGCUCAGGGAAAUCGCCAAAUCUUUCAGUUAAUUACUUCCAUGUCUUAGCGUCCAUUUCUUUUAAUAUUAUAUAUAUAUACAUAUAUAAAGAACUAUAUAUACGUAGUGUCCACUUCUUUUUAAUUCUCAUACGCACUGCUGAAUCAGCCGCAAUAAAGUCAGGAUUGUUUUUCCGGCCGGCCA